AACAGCGUCAGUACUACCAACAGCUGCCACUGCAGGAGCCAUCUCCCAUGGUACCCAUGAUCGCACGCGUGUGGGGCGGCGCGGGGGCGGACGCCGAGUGGACGGACGUGCCGGUGACGCCCCUGACCACGUGCCGAGACCUGGUGGACUGCUGCCGGGACCCCGGGGACGAGCCCUGCACGCUGGUCGAGGUGUCGGUGGGACACGAGCGGGCGCUGUCGGACUCGGAGCGCCCCCUGGAGGUGCUGCAGCAGUGGCGCGGCCGCGGGCCCGUCAGGCUCGUGCUGCGCUACACGCUCGACCACGACCACGACCGCGAGCACGACCUCGACCUGGACAACCAGAGGCGGCUCAGCCCCCACACGCCCCUCCCGUCGCAAGGUGAGUACGGCACACCGUCUACUCCUCAGCACCCGUCCUUCUUCCUCUUCUUCAGCUAUAUUCACAUGAGUAUAUAG